GCCCUAUCAAUAAUGCCAACCUUCACUUCCACGCCAAUGGACCGCUUUCCGAUGCCCACCGUCGUCCUCUUUCUCAUCGCCACCGUCAUCGCACUCGUCUCCGGUGGCCGAGACCCUACCGGAGAUGUUCUCCGAUUGCCCUCCGAAGCUUCCAGGUUCUUCCAAGCUCCUUCUUCCGACGACAACAACGAGGGGACGAGGUGGGCCAUUUUAAUUGCGGGUUCCAAUGGCUACUGGAAUUACAGGCAUCAGUCUGAUGUUUGUCAUGCGUAUCAACUACUAAGGAAGGGUGGUCUGAAAGAAGAAAAUAUUAUUGUUUUUAUGUAUGAUGACAUUGCAUUCAAUGAAGAGAACCCACGGUCUGGGAUCAUCAUUAAUAGCCCCCAUGGUAAUGAUGUUUACAAAGGAGUCCCUAAGGAUUACGUUGGUGAAGAUGUUACUGUGAACAACUUUUUGGCUGCUAUACUUGGAAAUAAGUCAUCUCUUACAGGUGGCAGUGGGAAGGUUGUGGAUAGUGGUCCCAAUGAUCAUAUAUUUAUAUACUACUCUGAUCAUGGAGGUCCUGGGGUUCUUGGGAUGCCUACUAGUCCUUAUUUGUAUGCAUCUGAUCUGAUUGAAGUCUUGAAGAAGAAGCAUGCUUCUGGAACGUAUAAAAGCCUAGUAUUUUAUCUAGAGGCAUGUGAAUCUGGGAGUAUCUUUGAAGGUCUUCUUCCUGAAGGUCUGAAUAUUUAUGCAACAACAGCUGCAAAUGCAGAAGAAAGCAGUUGGGGAACGUAUUGCCCUGGGGAGUAUCCUAGUCCUCCUCCAGAAUAUGAAACUUGCCUGGGUGACCUGUACAGUGUUGCUUGGAUGGAAGACAGUGACAUGCACAAUUUGCGAACAGAAACUUUGCACCAACAAUACGAAUUGGUUAAAGAAAGGACUUUCAACGGAAAUUCAUUAUAUGGUUCCCACGUGAUGCAAUAUGGUGACAUAGGGCUUAGCAAGAACAAUCUCUUCCUAUAUUUGGGUACAAAUCCUGCUAAUGAUAAUUUUACUUUUGUGGACAAAAACUCACUGAGGCCACCUUCAAAAGUAGUCAACCAACGCGAUGCAGAUCUCAUCCAUUUCUGGGAUAAGUUCCGCAAAGCUCCUGAGGGUUCUACUAGGAAAGCUGCAGCUGAGAAAGAAGUUCUGGAAGCAAUGUCUCACAGAAUGCAUAUAGACAACAGUAUGAAACUUAUUGGGAAGCUCUUAUUUGGCAUUGAAAAGGGUUCAGAAGUGCUCAGCAGUGUUAGACCUGCUGGACAACCACUUGUUGAUGACUGGGACUGCCUGAAAACACUGGUUAGGACUUUUGAGACACAUUGUGGAUCACUCUCUCAGUAUGGCAUGAAACACAUGAGGUCCUUUGCAAACUUCUGCAACGCAGGAAUACGGAAAGAGCAAAUGGCUGAAGCCUCAGCACAAGCGUGCGUCAGUAUUCCGGCCAGUUCCUGGAGUUCUCUGCACAGAGGUUUCAGUGCAUAAUUCCCAUAGUACGCUCCUUUAACGACCAAUGUAUAAAUAUUGUCGUAUUAUACUUUAUAAUUGUUUGAAUAUUUAUAUACUGUAUAUUGGUCAUGAUUUCUUAUACGUAAAAUGUAAAUACAAAUGGGACGCUGGGGGCCUCUCUAUUUUAAUUGUGUGCAAACGGAUGCUGUAACCAAGGCAUUUUACUUCAGGAGAGAUAGUGGACCACAAGGGGCCUUGGAACGUCUAUACAGGGCAUAAGAUCAUGCUUGCAUGCCAUUGUUUUUUUUCUUUUUAUCGCUGUGUAGUCUAUUUUUAAAUAG